UCGCCCUUGUAUCAUUAAGACGUUGGAGUCGCACCGAACUCAAAAUCAACUGGCCGGAAAACGCAGCCGGAGUUGUUGUAGUAGUAAGGAAGUCCUCCGGAAACACUUGUUGGACUUGUUUUACUUGUUCAGAAAUCAUGAAAGUGCGGUCAUCUGUGAAGAAGAUGUGUGAAUAUUGUAGGACGGUUAAACGUAAAGGACGAGUUUAUGUGUUGUGCACAUCAAAUCCUAAGCACAAACAAAGACAAGGCAUGUCAACAUUUGCAAAUGAAGCUCCAUCUCAUCAGCCGUCAUUGGAGAUAAGUACAAGCUGCACCAAGCACGAGAUUGGGCCAAUUCAUACUUUGCGAACAGGCCUGGCUUCUAUUAUUCCUCAAAGGCACAGCUUGUCUAUGUUGUACGGAUGGAGAGUUGGCCUGGCCUCUAUUAUGUCUAAGAAGUAAAGAAGAUAAUUAGCAAUUUCCAAUUCAAAUUUUACAAGGAAUAAAUAUGAAGAUAUGUUAAUCAAUUGUACUGGAUCGAGGCCUCUGGCAUGCUCUUCUUACUUUGUAUUGGUUGAUGAAGUUAUCUCCUUAUACUUGUUUUGUUCUACGCCAUAUUUGAUAUGCCUCACUCUUAGAUAUUGUUUCUUUGUCAGAAGGUACCCUUGUUGCAGUGUGUUUCGGUGAACACCGGAUCGGUGGAGCACACAAUUAAUACACACUCACCAGAGAUUGAAAUUAUUUGCAAUAUAUUGUUAUCUAUCUAUCUCACUUUUUUUUUUGUUC